UUUUCUGUUGGUGUCAGUAUUUUGACCAGAAGUGUUUUGUUUGGUGCGAGUGUGACGUUUAAGAAAGGAUGAAAUAGUUUUUUAAUGUUUAUUUGUGUUAAUUACUUAUUUACAGACAUUAGAUUAUGGUUCUGCUCAGCAAUGUAGUCAUUUUUGACUGCUUCAGUUAUGUGUGUACUUUUUUAUCGUUAUGAUGACGAUGAAUAUUAAGCCAAAAUCUCUUUAUGACACCGGAACUGACGCGAGAACGUUAUUUUUUUUCGGUUAUAAUAUUCUAGAUACGUAGUAGUAAAGAGUACAUUAAAUAAGCAUUUAGGUGAUAAUCAUCUGAGAGUUUUGAAAUAUACUUUUUUGAAAAUUACUGUUGCACAAUAUCUUUUUGUUCAGUAAUCAUUGUGCUUCCUGAAGGACAGCCGUGUUUAUGUGAAAAUGAAUUUUAAAAUGAGAGCAAUAAAUAUUUCUUUUAACUUUUUACUUGCGUUUAUAAUAAUUUGUGAUAUAUUGAAGAAAACUACUGCCAGACAAUAUUCAGAUCAAUUCGUUGUGGAAAUACAUGGAGGGCCCGUUGUGGCUAAACAAUUCGCAGAAGAUCACGGAUUUAAAUAUCUCGGUGAUAUGCACGGAGACCAUUAUCAUCUACAACACAAAAGUAUCAUUAAAAGAUCUCUAGAGAAGAGUAAACAUCAUCAUGAAAUUCUGAUAAAGGAUGAAAGGGUUAAAUCAUUUAGUCAACAAAUCAUUAAAAAGAGAAAGAAAAGGGAUCUGCAAGUGUUGACUUUGGAAUUGAAUGAUCCCAAAUGGCCAGAGAUGUGGUAUUUGAAUCGUGGUAAAGGACUUGAUAUGAAUGUAGAAGCUGCUUGGGCAGCUGGUGCCACAGGAAAAGGUGUAGUAGUUACUAUCUUGGAUGAUGGCUUGGAAAAAGAUCAUCCUGAUCUUAUUCAUAAUUAUGAUCCUAAGGCUAGCUAUGAUAUUAAUGGUAAAGAUUCAGAUCCACAACCAAGAUAUGAUGGUUUAGACACUAACAGGCAUGGAACUCGAUGUGCUGGAGAAGUUGCAGCAAGUGCUAACAACAGUUUGUGUUCUGUAGGAAUAGCAUUUGAAGCUCAUGUUGGGGGGAUUCGCAUGUUGGAUGGGGAAGUUACUGAUGCUGUGGAAGCUCGUUCAUUGAGUCACAAUUUCCAACAUGUAGAUAUUUACAGUGCUUCUUGGGGUCCUGAUGAUAAUGGGAAAACUGUAGAUGGACCUAGUGAGCAUGCCCUUCGUGCAUUUAAAGAAGGAGUUGCAAAGGGCAGAAAUGGAUUAGGUUCCAUUUUUAUUUGGGCUUCUGGUAAUGGAGGACGUGAAUAUGAUAACUGCAAUUGUGAUGGUUAUACGAAUUCUAUAUGGACUUUAUCUAUCAGCAGUGCUACAGAACAUGGUUUAGUGCCUUGGUAUAGUGAAGCUUGCUCUUCUACUUUAGCAACAACAUAUAGCAGUGGUUCUUCAGGGGAAAAACAAAUUGUCACAACUGAUUUACAUCAUGGUUGUACUAUGACUCACACGGGAACGUCUGCUUCAGCUCCUUUGGCUGCUGGUAUUUGUGCUCUUACACUUGAGGCAAAUCCAAACUUGACUUGGCGAGACAUGCAACAUAUUGUUGUUAGAACUGCAAAUCCAGCAAAUCUUUUUGCACGUGAUUGGGCAACUAAUGGUGUUGGCAGAAAUGUGAGCCAUUCAUUUGGUUAUGGGAUGAUGGAUGCUCAUGCCAUGGUGAAAUUAGCCAGAAUUUGGAAGACUGCACCAGAACAAAAAACAUGUGAAAUAAGAGGACAUGAUAUUAACCAGUAUAUUAUGCCAAGAAAUAAAGCUGAAGCCACUCUGUCUGUAAAUUGUGCAAAUGUGAGAUAUUUAGAACAUGUACAAGCUAAACUGACCAUAUCUGCUAUUAGGCGAGGAGAUUUACAUGUUUAUUUAACCUCCCCUCUGGGAACCAAAUCAACUUUGCUUGCUCAACGUCCUCCAGAUUCAUCUCGAAUGGGCUUCCAAGACUGGCCUUUUAUGUCAGUCCAUAUGUGGAGUGAAAAUCCAAAUGGUAUAUGGAAACUGGAAGUUUUUAAUGAGGGUAGAUAUGGAGGCCGUGCUCUAUUAAAGGAGUGGCAUCUUAUUCUUUAUGGAACAACUGAAAAUCCUGAUGAUUUUUUGCUGAAGAAAGAUACUUUUUCAAAUUUUCAUCAUGAGAAUUCUGGUGAGAUUACAGUUCAUCAUUCACACGAAUCUCGAAGAUCUUAUGAUAGGAAUCCUAUUAUCAAAGUGCCUGAUAUCAUUACAUUUCAUCAAAACAAGCCUGAUGGUACAGGUCAUCUUUCUUCUUCCAAUAAUGAUGCAGUACAUGGAAACUUGGAGCACAAUAAUGCUGCACUAGUUACAAUUGAUCAAGUUAUGUUAUUAAUGUCAAUGUUUGUGUUGGCACUUAUGAGCCAUAUGCAAUGAUUUAAUUAAUUACAUAAAUGAGGAUUUUAAGACUUAAUUGGUGCAUUUGUCAUGCUCAUAGUAUACAAAUGUGAUAUUCUGAUAAGCAUGUUUGAAAGACCUAAAUAAUUUACAUGAAUUAGCUCUGUGCUGAAAGAAAUAAAGCUGUGAUUUUAAUUUUAAUUCCAUCACCCAUUUAACAAUGCAUCUGUAUAAGAAAUAUCCUUUCAUAUUUUUUAAAUCCUAUACUGACACAUAGCUUUAAUAUAUUUUAGGAUCUUUCUACUAAUGAUAGUUUAUGUAAGUAGUUUUUUUUAAAAUUGCAUUCUUCUAUCAUGGCCAUACUUUUCAUGAUAUUGUGACUAUUUUCCUAAAUGAGUAGUGUUUCAUUGUUUGAGAGAAAGCAUACUUAUUUUUUUACUUGUAUACUAUUGAUUUUAUUCCAUAUAUGUAUGCUUAUUUAUAUUAUUUAUUAAUUCAAUUGACUUCUAGUUAAAGAGCACAAUUUUUUUAAAACUUUUUGAUUUAUCUUAUGUUUUGUUAUUAGUAUUUCAAAUGAUAAAAUGUGACAUGAAGUACUUGUGUAUAUAUUUUUUAUUCCCAAUGUGUUGC